AUGACCCGUCCGAAAGCCAUCGUGGCAUCCCCAUACACAGAGGAAGAACACCUCCUAGACCUCUCAUCCCUUGAUGCCGUGUACCAGGAGAUCGCCCUAGCACUUACUGACUUCCGCUCCACCUCAGACAAGUACGCCUUUAUUGACUACCUCUCGAGCUUCAAUGUUGCAGCCAUAGUGGCGCAGGUGCAACAAAGUGGCCGUCUUGCCAACCAGCCGCCUACAAAAAUAUACGUGAUAGCGUUUCGUCUGAUAUUGAAGCGAGAAAUCGCCCAAAACCCACAAAACACCCGGUUACUCUUUGACUUUGACAAACGCUCGCACGCCGAGGCGAACGCUCUGGGAGGGCUUCUCAAGUACUGGUACGGCAAGCCCGAUCCCGAAACAGGACAGAACUUGGCCACUUGCUGGUGGCGGAACCCUCAGGAUGCACAAAAGGGCGGCACGGGGAAAAUGCACCAGGCAAGUGUGGCCAAAGUUCGAAAUUGGUAUGAGCUAUGGCGAGUAGAACAAUAUGAGCUUGAAUUGGGUGCGAAUCACUGGCACUGGCGUGAGAUAUAG